CACAGGCGGGUGCCCACGCAAGAAACUAAAUUCAAUUUGAAACUUCCCUUUUCACAGUGCUUGCUCCCGGCUUUGGUUAUCUCUCCUUAGCUCAUCAUUUUUUUAAAUUCCUUGACAAAUAAAUACAGUUUAGUUAGAUGAUUUUAAUAGCCAUACUCAGGGUAGAAUUUAGCCUGUGUUUUUAAAAGUUGAAUGGACGUAGCGGACAGACAGAUCGACUGCGUUCUGGGGGUUGAGUGGGCGACCUGCAUGCAAACCUGUACCAGCCGCGCCUGCUUCCUUCAGGAGACCCAAGACGCACCGACCGCUCUCGGGUGGGGGGGUUCCAGCUCGGUCACCGACGGAGCGGAGCGGUAGCCUAUAUCUCACAUUCCGAGUCCUCGACCUAGGUGACGGCGAGACAGGCUAGAGGGGAGGAAAGAGAGAGAUGGGAUCAGCUUCGUCGGUGUACCGAGUAUUCAACCUGGACGUCGAUGGCAGAAUUCAGAAGGUGGUCUUCAGCAGGUUCUGCAGCCCGUACGAUAUCAGAGUGUUGUUUUGCACCGUUCUGGGUAUCCCAAGUGGGACACAUCCUCAGAGAGAGUGUUCCUGCUCUGUCUGUUUUGGACAGGAACACCACCUUGUCUCUGCUGGACUCCACAGGAGCCAUGGUGUCCAUCGACCCCACCAUGCCACACAACACCGAGAGGUCAUCGUACAGCGUGGUGCCCCUGACUGGUGGACAGCUAGCUGAUAAAGAGGAACUCUUCCAGAAUGUAUUGACACAGGUGGCAGAGCAGUUUUCCAGAGCGUUUAAAAUCAACGAACUGAAGACGGAGGUGACAAACCGCGUGGCGAUGUUGGAGAAGAGAGUUGAGCUGGAGGGGAUGAAAGUGGUGGAGAAGUGUGACAGCGACAUCAAGAAGCUCAGGGAGGACAUGGCCUCCUUGAACAACAGUAGUAAUUUCCUGGAUGACAAAAAGAAGCUGACACCUCGGAGAGACGUGCCCUCUUACCCCAAGUACCACCUAUCUCAGGAGACAGUGGAAGCUCUCAGACAUCCCACCUUUGAUGUGUGGCAGUGGGAGACCAAUGAGAUGCUGAGCUGCCUGGAGCACAUGUACAAUGACCUGGACCUGGUCAAAGGCUUCAACAUGAACCCCAUCACACUGAAGAGUUGGCUGCUUUGUAUCCAUGACAACUACCAGGUGAAUCCCUUCCAUAACUUCCGUCACUGUUUUUGUGUCACCCAGAUGAUGUACAGCAUGAUCUGCCUCUGCAGCCUACAGGAGAUAUUCACCCAGGUGGACAUUCUGAUUCUGAUGACAGCUGCAGUGUGCCACGAUCUGCAGCACCCCGGGUACAACAACACGUACCAGAUAAACGCACGGACGGAGCUUGCGGUACGCUACAAUGACAUCUCUCCUCUGGAGAAUCAUCACUGUGCCGUGGCCUUCCAGAUCUUCUCCCAGCCUGACUGCAACAUCUUCUCCACCUUCGAUGCUGAGGCCUUCAAACAGAUUCGUCAGGGAAUCAUCACACUGAUCCUGGCCACAGACAUGGCACGACAUGGCGAGAUACUGGACUCAUUCAAGCAUAAAGUGGACCGCUUUGACUUCAGUGAUGAAGAGCAUGUCACUUGUCUGAAGAUGGUGCUAAUUAAGUGCUGUGACAUCUCUAACGAGGUGCGGCCCAUGGAGGUGGCUGAGCCCUGGGUCGACUGUCUGCUGGAGGAGUACUUCAUGCAGAGUGACAGGGAGAAGGCAGAGAGUCUGCCUGUAGCCCCCUUCAUGGACAGAGAAAAGGUCACCAAACCCACCGCCCAGAUCGGAUUCAUCAAGUUCGUCCUCAUCCCCAUGUUUGAGACCGUAAUGAAGCUGUUCCCUCAGAUUGACAAAGUGAUGAUCCAGCCUCUGAGAGAGUCACGAGACAGAUACGAGGAGCUCAAGCAGAUUGACGAUGCCAUGCGUGAGGUGCAGAAAAAUAAAAGUGAGAACCUGACUAUGGGGAAGAAGAAAUGAGAGCUCGAAGCUCAAACGUCCUAUGGUGGAGACGAGUCAGUAUGGCAUUCUGAGGAAGAGGGGAAACCGACCAAGCCUGUCUGACUGGCUGGAUGGACAAUCCAAAGCUUAUAUCAGGGAAUGUCGACUUGAACAGCACGGACUACUUCAGUGAACAAUAUUUUGAUUCUAUGUCUAGCCUUUUGUUUUUAAAUGUUUUUCUUUUCUUUCCAGGAUGUACAGAUUUUUUGUUGCCUUUGUUGUUUUCUACAAAAAUAAAAUGUUUAUUUUAAAUAUAA